AUGCUGUAUCUCGUUGGUCUGGGCCUCGCCGACGAGGCCGACAUCACGGUCAAGGGUCUAGAGGUCGUGAAGCGCGCUGAACGAGUCUACCUCGAAGCAUACACCAGUAUUCUCCAUGUGGGAAAAGAGAGAUUAGAGUCUUUCUAUGGCAGGCCAGUCAUCGUAGCGGACCGAGAAAUGGUCGAGUCGUCGAGCGACGAGAUCCUCGAAGGCGCCGACAAAUCAGACAUAGCAUUUCUCGUCGUGGGUGAUCCUUUCGGGGCCACCACUCACACAGAUCUCGUCCUGCGCGCGCGGGAGCUUUCCAUUCCUACCAAGUCGAUUCCUAAUGCCUCCAUCCUCAACGCCAUAGGCGAGACAGGUCUUCAGCUUUACAACUUUGGCCAGACGGUGUCGAUGGUGUUCUUCACCGAGACCUGGAAGCCCGCCAGCUUUUACGACCGAAUUCGCGAGAACGUUUCUAUUGGUCUUCACACCCUGGUCCUCCUGGACAUCAAGGUCAAAGAACAGUCGCUGGAAAACAUGGCGCGAGGUAGAAAGAUCUAUGAGCCUCCGCGGUACAUGACAGUCGCUCAAUGCGCUCAGCAAAUGCUCGAGAUCGAGGAGGAGAAGCAGGAGAACGUGUAUAGCGAGGACAGUCUUGUCAUUGGCUGUGCCAGAAUCGGUGCAGAUGACCAGGCGUUUGCAUGCGGGACGCUAAGAGAGCUCUGUGAUAUUGACCUAGGCGCUCCUCUGCAUAGCUUGGUGCUGCUCGGUAAAAGAGCUCACGAGCUGGAACGGGACUACAUCAAGUCCUUCGCAGUGGAUGCAACGACGUUCGACAACAGUUGGGAGAAGUACCACGGGAAAAGUUGA